GCACCAUUUGGUGCCCCAACGAGUGGUUCAUUCUGAUCCUUCGCAGCUUCGAGUCCUCGCGGCAGGUGCCUGCUUGGGUGGACGAGCAGCGCUCAGACGGGGUCCACUACGGCAUCCGCGCCGACGACUCCACCGGCGGCUCCACCGACGGCUCCACCGACAUCCACGACGACAGGGAAGAGACAGGCGGACACAACAACCACCACGACAUCCACGACGACCAGCAGCAGGACGACGAGGACCAGCAGCAGCAAGGCCUCCAGCAGCACGACGUCGAGGAGCAGGACGACGGGAACCAGCAGCAGCAGAGCGGAAGCAUGCAAAUUUUUGCGAAGACGCUCGUCGGGAGGACAAUUAUGCUCUACAUGGAGGCGGGUCACAUGAUCCACACCGUGAAGAGGAACAUCCAAUACUCUGAGGGAACCCUCCCUAGCCAGCAACGGCUUAUUUACGCGAAUCAGCAGCUGGAGGACACCCGCACACUCACGGACUACAACAUCCAGAAAUACGCCACCGUGCACUUGAUGCUCCGCCUCCGAGGUGGCGGACCUGCCGCCCUGCUCACCUUGAUCUGCCCGCAUGCCGCCUGUCAUCUGUAUGGUAUCCACGUGCCUGCGGAGGACUCGGGAGAUCGUUACCGCGGAUGCGGGCAACUGCUCCAGCCCCCGGCGAGGGCCUUGCCAGGCCAGCAGGACUUGCACAGUUUCUUCGAGUCGGAAAUGUUCCAUCACUUCGACUUCGUGCAAGCUAGCGCUGCAACCGACCCGCAGACGGUGCGUGCGGCGGUGUCCCUUCCUGCUCGCAUGCACGACCUCACAAUUCUGCGUAAGCAGGGGUACCACCUGGAUGCGCGGGACCCGUGGUCGAUGCUGGGUAUGGGCCCCCUGUGUGGCCCGGAGACCACUGAGAUGGACAUCGCCUUUCGCGCAAGGUCGGCCAGUCUUCUCCUGUCGCUUGCCAAGGAUGCCGCGUGGAGCAACGAGGAUCGCGACGCGGCCGCUCAGGCGCAGGCCGCCGCCACAUCCGCGGCAGCCCGUUGUGAGGAAGGCCUGCAGGAAGCGCGCCGCACCCGACGCCAGCUUCAUCCUGACAAGCUGCCGCGGUGGAAAGAGCUGGGAGCCGACGCCAUGGCAGCGGCGCGUUCCUGUCCACACGCCGCUGACAGUGACUUCAUCACCCAGUGGUCGCAGGUCCUCGACCCCCGCGGGCGGCAUGCUGACGCAGUCAGCAGGCACCGCCGCCUCGCCGACCUGCUGGAGAGAGGGGGCACCAAAUUUCUGGAAGAGAUGAAGGGUCAGAAGGUGGUUGCAUGGGCGCCGAAGGACUCGUGCGCCCUCGGCCGGGUCCUACACCACUUCCGCCGGCAGGACCCUGCCAGCAGUCCAGUGGAGAUACAUUUCCUCGCCCCGCUUCCCUCGUACCCUGGGGCGACCACAGUAUCCCAGCACCUGGAUCUGUGGACGCACCGGCUGCUGGGGGAGAAGCACGCCAUGGUGGUCAAGAACGUCAGCCUGCUGCCUCAGCCGGUGGAGAUGGUGUUGCCUGGUACGUAUGGCCCCCGCCAUGUUCGUCAAGGUUUUGCUUGCUUCCGCGUCGCGCGCACCGGCUCGCGGUCGCUCCCUGCGAUGGUGCUCCCACGAACGCCAUUGACGCAAGCCUCUGGCACAUCGGGCCUCGUCGUGGAUCUCCCGACGGAGCUGCUCUGCUCGUUCCUACGUGGCCUGUCGGCCCCAGAGUUUGGUCUGAUCACGGUCAGAGACCCCGCCCGGAGCAUCGGCAGCAGCACGGAGCUCCUUCGAAUUCGCGUCGAUCUUCUUCUAUACCCCCUGGCAUCUCUUCCAUCGGUGUCGAGCUUCUUCUGCGACGGCUGA